GGACAGGCCCAUCUUCGAGGCCGAUGGCAGCUCAACACAAAGUUACCGCUCCUGUACCGCUCCCGCGCACCGACGACGUGUAACCAUACCCUGGCCACCCGACCCUUCUCCCCCCAGGAGUCUCCACAUUGGUCUGUAACAGGCUUCAGAGCUUGUGGUGUGGCUGUUACCCCGGUCCGCCCACCGGGAUUGGGUGAGCCUCCAAUCCGAUGUCAUGCAACAGAUACGUAGUAUCGAAGUUAUCUGUGUGCAUUAUUAUUGCUUCCCUUUCCUUCUCCCCCGCCAGAGCGCUUUUGUCUUCUCCUCUUGUUCAUCUUCCUUACCCAUCGAGGGUUUACUUGUGGAUUCCCAUUCAGCCAUCACUACGCUGUUGCUUUUUGGCUGCCUACAUUCUUUUCUGGAGAAAGAUUUUCACUAUAGGACGGUAUAAUCUGGUUCAUUAUACUUCAUCCCUUCGCCUGGCCGAACUUAUUGUCGAUUCGUUUCGUGUAUCUUGGUCUAUUCGUCGACGACCGGGUGACUUUGCUCGCCUUCAAACGAACUUGGGAGAAGGACCACCAGCCUCGGAGGUCUCGAUCUGCUAAGUUGCAUGGUACUAUAACGAAACGGAGCCGACUUCGAUUCUUGAAGCAGCCAGUUCUGCCAUUUUAAGACGCUAUAUUUGUACAACCUUCGAUUCU